AUGGCGAAAAUGACAUCGAAAUUAUUUCCAACACCCCGCAGGGCCACAGGAAGAGUUAUUAUUCAUCCAAUCACUGGCGAAAUUCUUGAUCACGGGUUGGUCUUGUGGUUUCCAGGACCGGGUAGUUAUACCGGAGAAGAUGUUGUCGAGUUUCAGAUACAUGGUGGUACUUCCGUAAUAAGAGGCGUGUUAGAUGCGCUUGGUAGCAUUGAUGGUUUUAGGCAUGCCGAGCAAGGUGAAUUUACUCAUAGGGCGUUUGAUAAUGACAAGCUCGACCUGACAGAAAUCGAAGGACUUGCUGACUUAUUGAAUGCUGAGACAGAGGCGCAAAGGAGACAGGCUUUACGACAAGCCAAAGGAAGUUUGAGGAAUAUGUGUGAUUCUUGGCGACAACAACUUAUUGAAAAUUUGGCACUUGUAGAAGCCGUAAUCGAUUUUGGCGAAGAUGAAAAUAUUGAAGAAGGAGUAUUGGAGCAAGUUCAAAGACAAGCAGCUAUUGUGUCUCCCAUUCCUGGUACCACAAGGGACGUGAUUGAAACUUUCUUGAACAUUGGUGGCUAUCCAAUUGUUAUUGGGGAUACUGCCGGCUUGAGACAAUCGGGUGAUGCUAUCGAAAUGGAAGGGAUUGCAAGAGCCAAGCAUCG